GAAAAGCUUUUUAAUCUGGAACUCUUCCAUAAUUCUUUAGUAUAAUUUUAAAUUUCUUCGGAAUAAAAACAAGUGUUGUUGUUAAAGUUGGAAUAUUAUUGGAAAUUGAAAAUAUUGAAUUAGAAUCAAAAACGUGAGCUUUAAAGACAACUUAUGUCUAUAUACAAAAUUGUUUCAAUUUUCAAAGCAUAAUACAAAUCAACAUAAUAUAAAUAUGCGUAAUAUAUACCAAUUAGCAAUAAUAAGCCAAUCUACUAAAAAAAAUUAAUUUUUAACAACAAACACAAAAAUAACAAUGGAAACAAAUAUUUAAAAAUGAAAUAUUCAAAAAACAAUAAAAAUAUAUAUAUAUAGAGAACAUAAUACCUCAUAAUAUACAUACUAACAACAAUAGAAAUCCCAAGAUACGCGGCAUGUUUUAAAAUAUUAUGUACAUAAGUAGAUAUACAAAAAAACAAAAACCAAAACAAAAUGGCAAAAUAUUCAAGACAUCAUAGUGGUGUCAAUGAUGGAUUCAACAGUACAGAUUCAACAACACUAUCAAAUCAACAACAAUUUUGUGUCAGAUGGAAUAGUCAUUUAGAUAGUUUAGGUGCUGCAUUUCCACAAUUAUUGGCAAAUCAAAGAUUUGUUGAUUGUACAUUAGCAUGUGAAGGACAUCAAUUACAUUGUCAUAGGCUUGUAUUAGCUGCUUGUUCAUCAUAUUUUGAAAGUUUAUUAGGUGAUAAUCCAUGUAAACAUCCAAUUGUUAUAUUAUCACGUGAUAUUAAAUUAUGGGAAUUGCAAGCAUUAAUUGAUUUUAUGUAUAAAGGUGAAGUAAAUGUAUCACAAGCUGGUUUAUCUGAUUUAUUAAAAUGUGCUGAAAUAUUACAAAUACGUGGUUUAAGUGGUAUUGAUAAUUCAUUUAAUUUAAAUCAAAUUAAAAUUGAUAGUACUGCACAACAACAAAAUUACCAACAACAACAGCAACAAAUAAAUUUAAUAAAUAAUAAAAAAUUACAAUGUAAUGAAAGAAAUAUAAAUGAUAAAGUUAUAAUAAAGGAUAAUGAAAUGAAUAUAAUAGUACCAACACUAUUAUCAACAAAAACAUCAACAACAAAUUCAAUUACAAGUUGUAUUGCAUCAUUAACAGGAACAACAUCAUCAUCAUUAUCGCCAUUGUCGUCAACAACACAAAAUCAAGUUAAUGAUGAAUUAAUAGCAUCUAAUUCUAGUGCUAGUGCAUUAUCAGUAUCACCAACAACAAAUAUUAGAUUGUCAUCAUCAUCAUCAUCAUCUACAUCAUCAUCAUCAACAACAACUAAUUUACAAAUGCCAAAAAAUAAUGUACAAAAUUCAUUUCCCUCUUAUGAUACAUUAAAAUUUUCAGUUUAUAAUGAUGAAGAUAAUUUGUUUGCUUGUUUGGUUUGUUUGUUUAAAGACUAUGGUGAUAAUGAAUACGAAAGUAAUAAUAAUAAUAGUAAAAAUAAAAAAAAUACUAGUCAAAAUAGUUAUAGUCAUAAUGUUAAUGAUUAUACCAAGAGCAAUAACAUUAAUAAAACUAUUAAAACAGCCGAGAACACUAGAGACAAUAAUAAUAUAGAAAAUAAUAUUGUGCUUGAUGUUAAUGAAAAUAAUAGUAAUAGCAAUAGUAAUAAUAACAGUAAAAAUAACAAUAGUAAUUGCAAUAAUGAUAAUGAAAAAAGUUCCUUAGAAAACAGCUUUAAUUUAGCGGUAGCUGCUAUUAUUGCAGCAGCAACAGCAUCAUCAUCAUCACCAACACCACCUUCUUCAUUUGUUUCUAAUAAUAGAAAUGAUAAUUUAGAUCAAAAUAGCUUAUCAAAAAUUAAUAGUAACAAUAAUAAUAAUAAUGAUAAUGAUGAUGAUAAUAAUAUUAAAAAUAUUAGUAAAUAUAAAGAAGAUGAUAAUUUUAAUAUAAUAAUUAAUAGUAAUGAAAAUAAUAAUUAUAAAAAUAAUAGAAGCAAUAGUAGUAAUAUUAAUGACAAUAACAACGAUACAGAUUUAACAAAAAAUUUAAUACCAAAAGUUGAACCAAUGGAAAUAAACACAUUAAACGAUGAAACUGAUGACAAUAGUUUAUAUUAUAGUAAAACAGAUGGUGAUUUUUCAGAUUUUAUGGACACAAAUAUCAAAUCACCAGAUGAUGUUUGCGAUUACGAUGAAAGCAUUUUAAGAUUUAAUAUUGAAAAUUUACCAGUUGGUAGAAAAGUAAGACGAUCAGAAGCCAUACUUCGUCAGGCAGCUGAAUGUGUAUCAAAAGGUCAAACAUUCCAAACAGUUAGCGAUAUAUUUAAUAUACCAAUUUCUACAAUUAGAUUCUUUAUGGCAAGAAAAGGUAUUUUGCCAAGACGUAAAAGAGGACGUCAAACAACAACAACAACUAAUGUUAUAACAACAGCGGCAGCAAUAUUAUUAACAUCAGCAACAACUAUAGAAUCAGCUACAAUAGUACCACAAUCUUCAUUGUCAACAACAACAACAACAAUAUCACCAAUUUCUACAACAACAGCAGCAAACAAUAGUAAUAACUCGAAUGGAGAAAUAAAUAAUAUAAAAAUUGAUAACAUUAUCGAUUAUGAUGACAAAUUAACAACUGAUAGUCCAACACAACAAGUACCAUUUUAUUUUGGAAAUUAUAAGUUACCUGAAAUUAAACCAAAACUAAUAAUAAGCCCGUAGAAUAUUUAGAAAAUAAAAACUAUAAAUAUAUUUAUAUGCUCUUGUAGCAAAAAAGUGGUUCCAGAUAAUGCUGUGUAUAUGUUUAGAAAGCUUCUACAGUCUUUAAGGUAGAAAGCUGAAAUUUUGUUUACACAUAAAUUUUUACUAUAGAAAUUUGUUUCUCAACUAGAAGAAAAUUUUGUACCAGUAUUUCGGCACCUCCAAAAGUCAAAUAGGCUGUCAAAGUCCUAAAAAUGCAAAGUAGACAUCCCAAAGCAUGAAGCCGAUUAUCUGGAAUUAUUUUUCCGCUACAAUUUCCAUUACAAUAAUAAUUUUUUUUCAUUGUACCUGUACGAACGUAUGUCCGGGGAGUAUUAUAAAUUUGCAACUCUGUUUGUAACGUUAAGAAAUAAUGGUUUGAGUUAUGUAGACACAAAUAUGUACAUUUUCGAUCAGCAUCAAAUUCUGAGUCAUAUCUAUCUGUCCGUCCGUUAUGGCGAUAACUCAAAAAUCUAAAUGAAUUAAGUUUAUUAAAAUUUCACUAUUUAAAUUUAAAUGUGAUCGAAGCAGUAAUUCGAGUAGCUGCAAUACAAUUUCAAAAGUUAUUUGGUCAUAUCUUGGAAACUCUUCUAACACUAUAUAAUGUAAUGAAAUUUUACAAAAGGAUAUAGUGAUAAUAUGGCCCUUAUAAAUGACAUAUUUAAAAGCGUUUUUUUUGUAAUUGUAUGUAUAAAAUAGUAUCAUACAUCUAAAAACCCAAUAGAUCCCAUAAACAGCGGGCAAUUACCGUAAAUAACAUUUUAGUUCAUUCUUUCGUAUGGGUUGUGAAUAGGUAGAGUUGGACAGAACCAAAUCUAUCUAUUUUUGUUUUUGUAUUUUUAAAUGUAUAUUAUACACUUGUAAAUAUAUUUGUGUAGAAUAUUCAUAUUCCUUGACAUCAAAAUUGUAAUAAUACUGUUAUUACUAUACACAACUCAAAAAUUAGUUGUUAUAUAUAAACUGAAUUGUGUACUAUAAUACACUAUGAUUACAAUUUCGAUAACAUGAGAUGUGCUUUAUGCAAAUAUAUUCAUGAUAAGGAUAUUAUAAAGUAUUACAUUGAUUUAUAUAUACAUAAAUGUUAUAC